CUUGCGCACAGCAGACUGUACCUUCCUCGGAGGGAUAACAGUCUCAUGCACGCAACAAUGUAUAUUAUCAAUUAUUCAUAUUAAUUAACUGAAGAAAACGAAGAAAUAAUACUUGUCAUUAACGUCCAGUAACGUGGGGAGUAGUUACUACGUAACAAGAUGAUGCAGUUCUUGUGGGAGUUACAGGAGAGAAGUUGCAAAGCAGUACCACACAGUGCUGAUCUUCCUGUACCUACACCUUCAGAAAGAAGUCAACCGUCAGAAGAAGAAAGCAGCAAUUCAGAAAAUAAAGACCACAGUGAGCAAGACUAUGAUCUCACACAUGCAGCUGUUGGGAAGAAUCCUUACUACCCAAACCAAACAGACCUCAAUGACCUUAUCAGAGAUUUUGGUUUGACAAAGUCAAAUGCUGAGCUUUUGAUUUCAAGGCUCAAGGAGUGGGACUUGGUGGUUGAAAGUGUGCAAGUGACAAGCCAAAGAAAACGUCACAAACAUUUCUCAAGCUUCUUCACUAAUGAAGACAAGUUGCGCUAUUGUAAUGAUGUAUCAUACCUGUUUGAUUCAAUUGGAAUUGUAUGCAAUCCAGAUGAGUGUGCACUCUUCAUUGAUAGCUCCUCCAGAAGCGUUAAAGCUGUACUUCUGCGCAAUGGGAACAAGUAUCCAUCUCUUUCCUUGGCUCAUUCUACUGGAAGCUUUGAACUAUGAUAAGUAUGGCUGGGAAGUUAUUGGAGACUUCUAAAGGGUGGCAUUUUUUGAUGGGUCUCUAAGGAGAUUUUACCAAGUUUCCCUGUUUUCUCUGCCAAUGGGAUAGUAGAGACAGAGUAACACAUUACCAGAGGAAGCAUUGGCCUCAAAAGACUGAGUUCUCAAUAGGAAGACAUAAACAAAAGGUUCUCCAUUACGCAUCAAACUAGGGCUAAUGAAACAGUUACAGCUCUUAAGUAUCUUCAAGACUUCUUUCCCAAGCUAUCAGAGGCAUAGGUGAAGGCUGGACCACAAGUCAGGAAAAUCAUGGAGUGCUCAGAAUUUCCAAAGAAGCUCAUAGAGAAGGAAAAGGAAGCCUGGGAGAGUUUUGUUGCUGUAACACAGUGCUUCUGGGCAACAACAAGGCUGACAUUUAUGUGGAACUUUUUGAGACCUUGGUAAAAACUAUGGUCAGACGGGCUGUAGGAUGUCCCUUAAGGUCCAUAUCCUUAAUGCUCAUCUUGAUAAUUUCAAGGAGAAUAUGGGAGCAUACUCAGACAAGCAAGGGGAGCGUUUCCACCAAAUAUUAGGGAUCUUUUAAUGAAAACGUGAUGGGAGACUACAUUUGGGGACUUAAACGGGAAAGUGAUUUGUUGCAUGCUCGCAAAUCUAGAGAAACUGCUCAUUUAUAACUUUGUAAAUAUAUUUCAGAAAGUAUAUUUUAUUUAUGUAAAUUUCAUUCAUUUUAUUAUAUGUUUUUGUUUUACAUCCAAAACUAGCAAA